GUGUGAGAGGUGGAGGCGUUCGUGAGUGCGUCCGUGUCACAGCCCUCUUAUCUUCGGCCCCCAACCACCACGCCUAGUGGCUGUCGCAUCGUGCACCUUACCGCCAUCAACACAACAUCGGCGCCUGUCUCUCUCUCGUUCCUUCUCCCUCUCGUGGCACCAACUACCUGUUUUCCCCCUGAAACAUGCCGGGACGCAACAAGGAACUCGAGAGCGAGGUCAUGGCGUGGGUCGAGGCCGUCCUCGGGGAGAAGCUGCCCCCGGGCAACUUCGAGGACGUCUUCAGGGACGGCAUCGUCCUCUGUAAUCUGAUCAACAAGAUCCAGCCGGGAUCCGUCAAGAAGAUCCAGACUUCGGGUGGGUCCUUCAAGCUCAUGGAGAACAUCCAGAGAUUCCAGGAAGCUGUCAAGAAGUACGGCCUUCCCCACGAGGAGAUCUUCCAGACAGCUGACCUGUACGAGCGACGUAACAUCCCCCAGGUGGUGAUCUGUCUCUACUCCCUUGGACGCUUCACCCAGAAGCACCCGGAGUACACGGGACCAACACUGGGACCCAAGAUGUCGGACGAGAACAAGAGAGAGUGGGACGAGGACCAACAGAGGCUGCUGAGAGACGGCCAGAUCGGCCUCCAGAUGGGCCAGAACAAGGGGGCCACACAAUCAGGAAUGGGAUCCAUGAACCAGUCCAGGCAUAUGUAGACAGAGAGAGAGAGAGAGAGAGAGAGGGGGAGAGAAUGACGACGACUAGACGAUGACGAGAAAUUCUCGUGCUCGUUUCGGGAUGAGAAUGAGUGAGAAAGACCCACCCCAUCCCCAAGCCCCCGCCAGAGAAGGGGGAGGGGUAGGAUGGGGAGAGAGCGUCAAAGGGGAAAAGGGGGGAUCAUGACAGUCCCGUCAAACAGUUUUUUUCUUUUUUUUAAAUCCUGUUUACAGUCUCACGCAAUACUCGUCUAAUCCGGUUCGAUCUGCUUGUUCUUGUGUUGACAGCGGAUAUGAUUGUUACUCCUGGUCAGUCCCGUCUAAAGAAUUAAUCUUUUAUUAUAAUGUCUGGCAUCCGGUACAUACACCUACUGACCGUCGCCAACUCCUUCAAGAACUGACGGUUUUCUUUUCCACCCUGACAGGAGAAAUUAGACAGCAGCUGUCAAAACGAGGAGGGACUAUCAAAAUCCAAAAUUCAUCAUCGAACAAACAGAAAUGCUGGUCUCCUUCAUACGAGGAUGAAUCAUAUAUUAUGAAUAAUAUUCCAUUAUUUAAAUGUAGAAUCCUAUCACCAACAAUGCUAGUGAUUUAGAGUUGAUUGACUUUUAUCUUUUCUGUUAUAUUUUCCUAUUUUUGGCUUCCGAAGUAACUGAGUUGUUUGUCUGUCUGUCUGUCUCUAUCUGUUUCAUCUGUAUAUAGAAAACCUACCAAUAUCUACUUUUAUUUAACCAUAUAGAUAUAUUUUGAGUUAAGCAAGAUUUGGUUUGAGUGGUCCAAAAAAAAAGCUUUCACUCAUGAUAAGCUUUUUUUUUCAUUUGCUCUUGAUCAAUUUAAAAAUAAUAUCAUUAAUUCUCUGCUUCAAAACCUCGCAUAUUCUGGAAUGAGUCUUUUUAUGCAGUAUGCACAAGCCUGACUAUUGUAAUCUUUUUUUUUCUCGCCAGAUGUUUUUCUCUGUCAAUUACAUCGUGAAAGUGACAA